AUGGCCGAUACGCUCAACGUCCCGGGGGGCAUCUCGGACCCUGCUCUCAUCAAACUCGUCAACAAGCUCCAAGAUGUGUUCGCGACGGUCGGUGUCAACAAUCCCAUCGACCUGCCGCAAAUAGUCGUCGUCGGAAGUCAGUCGAGCGGUAAGAGUUCCGUGCUGGAGAAUAUUGUCGGCCGAGACUUCCUGCCUCGGGGGUCCGGUAUCGUAACUCGACGGCCUCUCGUCCUACAACUCAUCAACCGACCUGCGACGCCUCAGACGAACGGGGUGAAGGAUGAGAUCUCCGGCUCCACGGAUAAGGCUGCCAACGCGGACGAGUGGGGCGAAUUUUUGCAUAUACCUGGGCAGAAGUUCUACGACUUCAACCGAAUUCGGGAAGAGAUCAGCCGGGAGACGGAGGCCAAGGUCGGCCGCAAUUCUGGCAUCUCGGCUUCGCCUAUCAACCUCAGGGUCUAUUCCCCCAACGUCCUGACACUAACGUUAGUUGACUUGCCCGGGCUGACGAAGGUGCCGGUCGGAGACCAACCCCGAGAUAUCGAGCGGCAAAUCAAAGAUAUGGUGCUCAAAUAUAUUCAGAAAUCAAAUGCCAUCAUCCUCGCCGUCACCUCUGCUAACAUCGAUCUGGCCAACUCGGACGGCCUUAAGCUCGCCCGAGAGGUAGACCCAGAAGGUCAGAGGACUAUCGGUGUUUUGACCAAGGUGGACCUGAUGGACGAGGGUACCGACGUUGUCGAUAUUCUUGCUGGUCGCAUCAUCCCUUUGCGACUUGGAUACGUCCCCGUUGUCAACAGAGGACAGCGCGACAUCGACAACAAGAAACCCAUUUCGGCGUCUCUCGAGGCCGAAAAGAACUUCUUCGAAAAUCACAAUGCCUACCGAAACAAGAGCACCUACUGCGGUACUCCGUACUUGGCACGGAAGCUAAAUCUAAUUUUGAUGAUGCACAUCAAGCAGACGCUACCAGAUAUCAAGGCGAGGAUUGCCAGCUCCUUGCAAAAGUACAGCGCCGAGCUCGAGAGUCUGGGGCCCUCGAUGCUGGGCAAUAGCGCCAACAUUGUUCUGAACAUCAUCACCGAGUUCACAAACGAGUGGCGAACCGUCCUAGAAGGUAACAAUGGCGAGCUAUCCAGCACCGAGCUGUCCGGAGGUGCCAGGAUCAGCUUUGUAUUCCACGAGCUCUACUCGAACGGCGUGAAGGCGGUUGACCCCUUCGAUGUUGUCAAGGACGUCGAUAUCAGAACCAUACUUUACAACUCAUCCGGCUCCUCGCCAGCACUUUUCGUUGGGACGACCGCUUUCGAAGUCAUCGUCAAGCAACAGAUCAAGCGACUUGAGGAGCCUAGUCUCAAGUGCGUGUCGCUCGUUUACGACGAGCUGGUGCGUAUCUUGACGCAGCUCCUUGCUAGGCAGCUAUAUAGGAGAUACCCACAGCUCAAGGAGAAAUUCCACGGUGUAGUUAUCAGCUUCUUUAAGAAGGCCAUGGAGCCCACAAACAAGCUGGUCAGGGAUCUCGUCUCCAUGGAGGCUUGCUAUAUCAACACGGCUCACCCCGAUUUCCUCAACGGACAUCGAGCGAUGGCGAUAGUGAACGAACGUUACAACGGAGCGAAGCCCGUGCAAGUCGACCCCAAGACCGGAAAGCCUCUGGCAGCAUCGGCCACACCGGCUCGCGCGACUAGCCCUUCGCUCGACGGUAACCUGGACAACAACAGCGGGUUCUUCGGAAGUUUCUUUGCUGCCAAGAACAAGAAGAAGGCUGCUGCUAUGGAAGCUCCUCCCCCGACCCUUAAGGCUUCCGGGACGCUCUCCGAGAGAGAGAAUAUCGAGGUCGAAGUUAUUAAACUGUUAAUUGCUUCGUACUUCAACAUCGUAAAGAGGACGAUGAUCGACAUGGUACCGAAAGCUAUCAUGCUAAACCUCGUCCAGUUCACGAAGGACGAGAUGCAGCGAGAGCUGUUGGAGAACAUGUACCGCAACGAAACUCUGGACGAUCUGCUGAAGGAGAGCGACUACACCAUCCGCCGGCGGAAGGAAUGCCAUCAGAUGGUGGAGUCACUGGGUAAGGCCAGCGAGAUUGUCAGCCAGGUUCAGUAA